CUCUCUCUCACUCACUCGGUUUCUCCUUUCCUCCUCUCAUGUGAGAGAGAGUUUGAGGCCCACUUCGGCCCAGGCAGUGUGUGAAUGUGCUGCCCACUUUAGUGUGUCUGAGUUAGGCUGAGUUUAAACUCCAGCCCCAGGAUGAGCCGGGCCUAGCAGAACUCAACCUCUCCGUCCGAGGGGAGGAAGAUCAGGAUCAGAGACCCUAAUCAGGGAGGUCGGGACAUCACAGAAGAGAUCAUGUCAGGAGGUCGCAGCGGCUCCACACCCACGCCUCCACAGCCCAACAGUGACAACGCCACACCUGCAGUUGCCAUGACAACCAGAUCGGAGUUUCCUAUCCCUCCGGGCGAAAGCCCGCUACCCGAUGCUCCGCCGACUCCGCCCCCUACCAGUCUGAUAAGCGAUACGGUAGAUGCUCCGCCCCCAAUGCCUGCAGACGACGCCCACGCGACGCCCACUGUGGUGGAACCGCCCACCUCUAAUGGUGCAGAAGCCACACCCACUAAAAGCAAAGAGGAGGGGCCUGUGACUGUAACGCUUCCUGUCCCUGCCCCCAAGGCAGAGCCUGCACUGGAAUCACCAAUAGCGCAGCCCGAAGAGCUCCAGCUAUUCAACGGAGUCCCAGUUAGCUCCGCCCACAGAGACAUCAGUCCUAUCGCCGAGCCGGACAUCACGAAAGAAGCGCCGCCGGUUACUGACGAUAUCUUUGAUAGGACUGUCAAAGAAAUCCCCCCUCAAGUUGUCAAGGAGACUCCUGUUGCGAUUGUUAAGGAAGUGCCAGCUCCUAUUGUCAAGGAGCCUAUUCCUACUGUUGUCAAGGAAACCCCUGCUCUUGUCGUCAAGGAGACGGUUGCUCCUGCUGUAAAGGAGACCCCUGCUCCUGUCGUCAAGGAGACGGUCGCUCCUGUUGUCAAGGAGACCGUCGCUCCUGUUGUCAAGGAGACACCUGUUCUUGUCAUCAAGGAGACGGUCGCUCCUGUUGUAAAGGAGACAGUCGCUCCUAUUGUAAAGAAGACCCCUGCUCUUGUCAUCCAGGAGACGGUCGCUCCUGUUGUCAAGGAGACACCUGUUCUUGUCGGCAAGGAGACGGUCACUCCUGUUGUAAAGGAGACCCCUGCUCCUGUCAUCAAGGAGACAGUCGCUCCUAUUGUAAAGAAGACUCCUGCUCUUGUCAUCAAGGAGACGGUCGCGCCUGUUGUCAAGGAGACCCCUGCUCCUGUCGUCAAGGAGACGGUCGCUCCUGUUGUAAAGGAGACCCCUGCUCUUGUCGUCAAGGAGACGGUCGCUCCUGUUGUAAAGGAGACCCCUGCUCCUGUCAUCAAGGAGACAGUCGCUCCUAUUGUAAAGAAGACUCCUGCUCUUGUCAUCAAGGAGACGGUCGCGCCUGUUGUCAAGGAGACCCCUGCUCCUGUCGUCAAGGAGACGGUCGCUCCUGUUGUAAAGGAGACCCCUGCUCCUGCCUUAAAGGCGACUGUCCCUGUGGUUGCCAAGGAAACGCCUACACCGGCUGAUGUAGAAGCCCUUCCGCAGGUCACCCAGGAGACUGUUGUCAAGGAAACACCUGUUGUCACGGAGAUCCCUGUCGAAACGCCACCUGUCGUCAGGGAAACACCUUCACUCGCUGCCAAGGAAACCCCCGAACCACUUUUCAAAGAAGCCACUGCCCCUUCAGAGGUAGUUUCUGAAGCCACACCCCCUCCGACAGAAGAACGAGAGGACACGCCCACUACACAGACCACUCCCUCUGAGAGUACUAUGCAAGUGGUUUCUGUGCCAAAGAAGAAGAGAAAAAUGAAAGACCUGAACAAGAAGGAGGCAGGAGAUCUGCUUGAUGCCUUUAAAGAGCCCACACCACCUGAGCCAGAGGCCACACCCCCAGUGAAGGCGGAGCCAGAGAGUGCCCCGCCCCCUGCUGAAGAACUGGAGGAGACUUGGGAAGAGAAAGAAGAUAAACUUGAUGCUGAAAACAUCAAACCAGAGAGUCCCACCCUGAGUUCGCCCACCGAACAAAAAUACCAGUAUAAAGAAGAACAAUGGAAACCCCUGAACCCCGAGGAGAAGAAGAAAUACGACCGGGAGUUUCUGCUCGGCUUCCAGUUCAUCAACGCCAGCAUGCACAAACCUGAGGGUCUACCGCAGAUCUCAGACGUGGUGCUGGAUAAGGUAGCUGAAGCUCUCACACACACACACACACGUCACUUCCUGUCUCUGCCCCUUCAGGAAGAGGAGAAGCAGAGGUUGAAGGAGGACCUUGAGGACGCCAAAGACAAAGCCCGGCGACGGUCGCUAGGCAACAUCAAGUUCAUCGGCGAGCUGUUCAAACUGAAGAUGCUGACGGAGACCAUCAUGCACGACUGCAUCGUAAAGCUGCUGAAGAACCACGACGAGGAGAGUCUGGAGUGUCUCUGCCGCCUGCUCUCCACCAUCGGGAAAGACCUGGACUUCGAGAAGGCCAAG